AUUUUGUUACAAGUGUUAUAACAAAGUAGAAGUGCUAUUUUUCAUUUUAAAAUUUUUAAACAAUUUUUUUUUUAAAUUUUCGAAAAAAACUUUUCUUUAAAUAAAUUCGAGAUGAAUCCCUCAAACCAGAAAGCCACUGUAGCCGAGUUGGAUGACUCCUUAGAAAUGACUCCGGAAUUGAUUGCGGAGCUUCAGUUUUUGCUGCCCUACAUUUGGAAUGAAAGCUCGGAGUCAGAGAGUCGGAGUCCUAAUGACAGUGAGUCUUCGGAUAAAAGUGUUGAAGCAAAUGACUCCUCUGCCAAUCAGGAGGCAUUAUUGGCGGCUUUGUUGGCUUUUGACAAGCCAUUGCCGCCAUUCACAAAAGACAUCGGCUUCAUGCGUGACGUCAUCGAUACAAUGAGGAAGAUAAAAACGGAGGAGCAGAGGAGAGACUUCAAGGAGUGGGUGGUGGCGGAAGCUCAGAUGGUGCAUAAUGCAAAUCAACAAGAUGCCGGCGGAGAAUCGGAGUCACCGGUUCCACUUGCAUCCUCAUCAUUUGAUGGUGUAGACGAUGCUCUAGGUAAAUUAAUUUUAUUUACCUAAUUAACCAAUAACAUUUAAUUAUAAUUUUUUCAUUUAG